AUGGCAGAGCCUGCGGCUAAGAAGCAAAAGACCGAAGAAGGAGCGGCCGAAGCAGAGGAGAAGAAAGAGGAACCCGAGGAGGAGGUGGAGAAAGAUGCCGUGGCCUUGAAGGGGGCCAAGUUGAAGGACAAGAUCACAUUCCUCACGCAGGACACCACCUUGAAUGUCGUCCUGUCAUCCAACAGCUCCUUACUUUUGCCUUUGUCUGACGGCGGAGUCAGGCACCUCUUGGCAGGUGCGAGAAGCAAUGUUGGGCUGAAGGCCGGCCGCUACAUGUUCGAGGCAAAAAUCGUCGAACAGGUUUCGAGGGCGGAGGAAAGCAACAAGCCGCACCCCAAGUUCGUGUUUCGCGUUGGCUUCUCAACAGCUGCCUCAUCGCCACUCAUGGGCAACGAUGAGACGAGUGUUUGUUUCGACAUGGAGGGCUUUAUGAUGCACAACAAGGAGAAGACAUCGCUGGGUAUGGGUGCCAGAUACGGCAAGGGCAGCAUUGUAGCCGUGGUGUUGAACCUGGAGAAGGGGUCUCCGAACCAUAACACCAUCAGCCUCUUCAGGGAUGGCAAGCGGGUUACAAAGCCACAGGCAUUGCCUUCUGCUCUUCAAGGCAAGCCCCUUUAUCCCACAGUGACGUACCGCAACCUGGCGGUUGCCCUUUGCUUCGGCCCACAACCUCAGGCUCCCCUGCCCUUCACUUGCCACAUGCCGCAAAACGCGACUACUGCGCAAGCCUCGCUGCAGGAAGCAGAGAAGGAAACGGAGUAUGAAGUGCUCUUUCCCAUUUGUCUGCCGGACCAAGGCGGUUUCGAUUGGUUGGAUUCCUUCAAGAAGAAGAAUCCCAAGUACACGGAGAUCUCCGACCGCAUGCUUCUAGACUGGGCUGAGAAGAGUGGGAUCUAUGCCCCCAAAGGCGUGGGCAGCAACGAUAAGCCGGACCUUCGCUUCGGCAUCCCCGAGAUGGACGACAUGAGCAUUCGGCGGAUGAUUCAGUCCGUCGCCCCGCUCCAGAAGCGAAACUACAUCGUCAUGGAGGUCCGUGGGAACCUCAUCAAAGAGACCAGGGCCGACGCUCUGAGCACUUACUUUGACAGCUGCUACAAGAAGGUGGCCAAGGUCGUCGUCGGCGAGGCUACCAAAGACUUCGUGAAGAUGAGCCAGGAGCUCAUGUUGGCUGAGAAGCAGGAGCAGUCCGACAAGGAGUUCAAGAUGAAGAAGGAAGAGGCGGCCAGGAAGAAGGCCGCCGAGAAGAAGAUGAAAGAGAUCGAGAAAGCCAAGAAAAAGGCGGAGAAGGAGCGCCAGAAGAAGCUCGAAGAGAUGAAGAAAGCCGCUGAGAAGGCCAAGAAGGAAGCGGAGCGAAAAAAGGCAGAGGCCGAAGGAAAAGAGGUCCCCGAGGAAGAGGAGGAGGAGAAAGACGUGGAAAUGGACGAGGAGGAGGAAGAGGAGGAAGAAGAGGCUGAGGAGGUGGACGAGGAGCCACCAAAGGUGGAACUCACCCCGGAGGAGAAGAAGAUGAAGUUCCGCAAGACGGCAUUGCCCGAUGUGGCCUCGAGCCUCUUGAACCGAUGCUUCACGAAGUUCACGGUCCCUGACCUGGAGGAGGGCUUCGAUGACAUCGCGUAUGAGUGGAGCCAGGGUGGCAAAGCCGUCGAUUAUGUGAGCAAAUGGAUCAAGGAAAAGAAGCUCACUAGCCGGGUGGAAGACCUUACCCCCUCCACAUGGUUCAAGACGAAAGCGGCUGCCUGGCAGAAGGUCCUCUCGCAUUGGCAGGCCAAGGUACCGGAGUACAAGUCCAAGCUGGUGAAGAAGGCUCAGGCCAAGCAGGCGAAGGAGAACAAGAAGAAGAUGGCAGAAGCGAAGGCGGCUGCAGAAAAGGCAAAGAAAGAGGCCGAGAAGGCAGAGGCCAAGGAAGAGGAGAAAGACGAGGAAGUGAAGGAGGAGGAGGAGAAAGCCGAAGCAAUGGAAGUCGAUGAAGAGGAGGAGGAAGAGGAGGAAGAGGCGGACUUCGAGGGUGUCGACAUUUUUGGUGUGGAGGAGGUCGACGACAUUGGCGGCGGCACACCUUUGUACAAGGAGUUCGCCCAUGAGGACUGGGCCCUCAUGUCCCUGAGCUUUGAACUCCACUUGAUGGCCCAUGCGUUCAAAAAGGAUUGUGACGAUCCGGACAGGAAAGGCAUCGUCCUGGAACACCUGGCCUUCUACUAUCAGAAAUACUACGGAAAGCAGCUGAACCUGAAGAGCUACGGGAUUGAAAACGAAGCACAGCUGGUGGACUUAGCCAAGGACUGCGUUUUCAUCACUAAGGACAAGGUCCUUGAGUCGUUGCUGGAUGAGGAGAUCGAAUACCCCCAGGUCUUCGUGAAGAUCGCCGAGGAGGGACGAAGACACAGGGCACUGCUCGUGGACAUGGGUGAUGAGUCAGCGAAGCUGAAAAUCACCCACGCCGUCUCCUCCCACCAUAAGGGCGGAAAGGAUUCCGGGAAGGGCAUGGGCAUGAAGGGCCACAGCAAAGGCUACGGCAAGGGAAUCAUGCCGGUAGGUCCCAUUGGCAUGGGUCCUAUGCAGCAAGGCAUGGGCGGAGCGCCCAUGGGUAUGGCUCCCAUGGGAAACAUGGGAAAAGGCAAAGACUUCGGAAAGGGCUACGGCCACAUGCCCUUUGGCAAGGGUGGCAAAGGCUGGAAGGGCAAGUGA